AUGUUAUCCCGAGUCGCCCGUCAAAAAAAUGCGCUCUUCCACCUGCGAAAGGCGAAUGCCAUCCGAACGCUGGGCGUCUCUCCAGCAGUGCGCCUGCACUCGAGUUCAAGCCGCCCAACUCCUAUCGUGAAGUCACAAUGCACAUCGACACAAGACCGACCCCGAAGACCAUCUUUUCAAUCGCAUCGCAAUCUCGCUACCGCGGCCGACCCAUCCGUCCUCGAACAAGGAUCCUCCUACAUGCUAGACGACUCUCCAUAUCCAGGUAUCACCCGGCCAUCGCCCUUCCAAAUGUCCGAUUCCUUUGAUACUUCGUCUUUAAUCGUCCUGAAUGAGAUCCCCCAGACUCAGCCUAAAAUUCUGCGGAAGAUUCGGGGAAUCGGCGGUGACGAGGAUGAGAUGAUGGCCAACUUUGACAUGUCACUUCGGGUGGGUCGAUUCGAUCGUGCUGCAGCUUUGAUCAGCCGAUUGAAGGUCUACUACCCUGUUGAUUCUGCCGAGUUUCUUGCUUUGCACAAUAAAUAUCUUAAGGCAAUGGUCUCGCACAUGAUUGUCACUCGGCAGGACGAAAUGGUUUUGCCAUUGCAGAAAUGGUUUGAAGUUGACAUGCCAUCGGGUGGUGUGAGGCCAGAUGCCACUACUUUUGCGGUCAUGGUUCGCAUGUCUCUUCGUAUGCUGCAUGGCUCUAAGCGUGAGAGAUCGGUCCGCCGUUACUGGGGUCUUGCCAAGCAGGCGGACCUUCAUGAAGAUCUUCUGGCUAGCGAGGUACUGACGGAUCUGGAUCUUGGUGAAUUAUCCAAGAUCUGUUACUCCGAUUUGCUCACGCCUAUGGUUGAUCCCGCCGAAAUCGACGAAGAAUUCUCCACGCAAUCCGCUGAAAUAGUCGAUAAUCUCCCCGAGGUACUUGCCGCGGAGCAGAAGGGUCUGGGUUUAAGUUCUUUGAAAGAAUCUCUGUCCUUAUUUUCUGAGGGCCCUCAGAUUGCCUUGCCCGAGGGUUUCAAGGGUACGGAAGAGGAGAAGAGGGAACUGUAUGCUCAGCUUCGACAACAGCGACUCGAAUCCGACACCAUGAGGACGGCUUCAAAGCGGUGGCGUGCCGAGUUCGAGGGCAGAGUCAAAUCUGGUGUGGAUGUUGCUUCGGGUAAAUCCAGGCUCAAGUCCGUCAUGAGCCAGUGGCAUACAGACCUUUCAGAUGCCAUCAAGAAAGAGAUCAAGCUUGCUGAGGAAGCUGAGACCCAGCCAAUGCGCACCGAGGAACAGAAGGCUCGCUGUGAAUAUGGCGUUUACUUGCAGUCUCUGGACUCGGACCGUUUGGCUGCAGUCACAGUCCUCUCUGUCAUGGAUGUUUUCACUCGCCACGGAAUGCAAAAGGGAACCAAAGUUUCGAGCGUCGCAGCAUCUAUCGGAAAAGGUGUCCAGGAUGAGCUGAUCGCCGAAGCUUACCUCAAGAAAAACACGACCCCUGACUCUCGCCGUGUUAAAAUGGUCAAGGACAUGCUUGCUGGCCGCAGGAGCAAGGAUGGUCGCCUACACUGGAAGGCUGUGUCUGAGAACAUGCAGAAGGAACAUGAAGAAUAUGCCUGGACUCCUCGUGUUUCUGUGCGGAUUGGGGCUGUUCUGAUGGGCCUGUUGUUUGACGUUGCCAAAGCUCCUGUCAAAACUACGGAUCCCAAAACUGGGAACGUUACGACGGCCAUGCACCCGGCUUUCUUGCAUGCCUACGAGAUGAACUUCGGAAAGCGACUGGGACUCUUCCAUAUGAACCCUGAAAUCAUCGACAUUAUCAGCAGAGAACCGCCCGCAGAUCUUCUCGGCCGCCAUCUUCCAAUGGUCUGCAAGCCGCAGUCAUGGACGGGAGCAAAGAAGGGAGGUUAUCGUCUAUACCAAAGCAACAUCGUUCGAUCCACGCCCGGCGAGACUUUGCAGCCAGCCUACGUGAAAGCGGCUUUGGAGAAGGAUGGUCUCAAGGAUAUUCGGAAGGGACUCGACGUGCUCGGAAACACUGGCUGGGUUAUCAACCGCGACGUGUUUGAAGUUAUGCUCGAGGCCUGGAACUCUGGAGAAGGUAUCGCAAGUCUGGCACCACUUGAUCCGGAUCUUACCAUUCCGCCAAAGCCAGAACCCGACGCGGGCUUCGCCGCCGAGAGAGACUGGCAGCUACAAAUGCGUGAUAUUGAGAACCUCCGGUCCGGAUACCACUCAAUGCGAUGCUUCCAGAACUUCCAGCUGGAAGUUGCCCGUGCGUUCCGCAACGAGACUUUCUAUCUUCCUCACAAUAUUGACUUCCGUGGUCGAGCUUACCCGCUUCCGCCGUAUCUCAACCAAAUGGGUGCCGACAAUGCUCGCGGCUUGCUUCUAUUCAGCAAGGCAAAGCCGCUGGGUACCGGUGGACUGCGCUGGUUGAAGAUUCAAAUCGCCAACUUAGCUGGCUUUGACAAGGCUAGCAUGUCAGAGCGUGAAAAAUUCGCAAUGGAUCACCUCGAAGAUGUUCUGGACUCUGCGAACAAGGGUCUUCAUGGCAAGCGGUGGUGGCUGAAGGCCGAGGACCCAUGGCAGUGUCUGGCUGCCUGCUGUGAGCUUCGCAAUGCCCUAGCCCUCCCCGAUCCUACGACAUAUGCCUCUCGUCUCCCGAUCCACCAAGACGGUUCCUGCAACGGACUUCAGCAUUAUGCUGCCCUUGGAGGUGACACUGUUGGUGCCCAACAAGUCAACCUAGAGCCAUCUGACCGACCUUCCGACGUGUACACUGGUGUUUCUGAAUUCGUGAAGAAGUCCGUGGCGAAGGAUGCUGCUGAGGGCCACAAGGUUGCACAGGUACUGGAUGGAAGGAUCACCCGAAAGGUUGUCAAGCAGACCGUCAUGACCAACGUCUAUGGUGUGACAUUCAUGGGAGCUAUGCGACAGGUGCGCCGCCAGCUCAACGACCACUUCCCCGAUCUUUCCAACGAGAUGAAGAAGGACGGCGCGCUCUAUAUUGCGCGAAAGAUUUUCGAGGCCCUGGGUUCCAUGUUCAACGGUGCCCAUGAAAUUCAAUACUGGCUCGGCGAUUGCGCCACCCGCAUCACUCAAUCUUUGACGCCUGAGCAGAUCGAGGCGAUGGCAAAUGACGCCUUGUCCCCCUCCCAGCCUUCCGAAAAGGGUACUAGCACCAAGUUCGACCCGUCCAAGAAGUUCCAGUCAACCGUCAUCUGGACUACUCCUCUCGGCCUGCCCGUGGUUCAGCCAUACCGCACCCGCAAGGCCCGUCGCGUUGUGACCUCGCUUCAGACCGUCAGCAUUGUGGACCCUAGCGCCGAGGACGUGGUCUCCCGUCGGAAGCAGCUCCAAGCCUUCCCGCCUAACUUCAUCCACUCUCUGGAUGCCACUCACAUGAUCAUGUCUGCCAAUGCCUGUAACGAUGCCGGCCUUACCUUCUCUGCCGUGCAUGAUUCGUUCUGGACCCACGCCGGUGAUGUCGACUCCAUGAACAGCAUCCUCCGCGACGCAUUCGUGCACAUGCACUCCGAUGACAUUGUCGGACGCCUUGCCUCAGAGUUCAACGUCCGUUACGGCAAGAACUUGUUCCUUGCCAAGGUUGACUCCAACAGUGCAAUUGGUCGCACUCUGCGGAAACGCCGCCAGGCCAACAUGCGCAACGCAAGACUGGUUGAGCUGAUUGACGAGCAUCGCCGACAGACUCUGCUACGCUCGGAUGACCCUGCCGACCAGGCUGAAGGCCGUGCCAUGGAAACCCCCGCUGCCAUCUUUGAAAAGAUGGGUGGCACGGACGAUCACUUGGCUAUGGCUAGCACCCUCGGUGAAACCACCGUUGGCCACGUCCCCGACGAUCUGGCCGCUGCUGAGCGGGGGCCUUCCUCCAAUGUCGAUACUAGUGACCCGGCCAUUCAAAGCCUGUUCACUGAGAUUGACAUGAUGGACACUCAGUCCUCCAGCGCGGACGCUGAGGCAGACGACACCAUGGCAGCUGAGGGUGGUGCUGGGGAAGAAAAGCAGGCGACCAAGCAGAAGAAGAGGCAAAAGCCGCACACCUGGCUCUGGCUGCCUCUUCGCUUCCGACCUGUUCCUACGAAGGGCUCGUGGGAUCUGAGCCGGAUUCGUGACAGCCAGUACUUCUUCUCUUGA